GGAAGACUAAUGACUAAUCUACGUUGGGCCCAACAAAAGCUUUGGUUAGUGGAAAUUUUCUCUGGCUAAAACCAGACACAGUAGAUCUGGUUGUGCCGUAACGACCACCGUACGGAGAUGGCUUUUUCCUCCCGCCGCGGAGGGUGGUGGUCUCACUAUCUCCUCCCCACCUCCAAGCCUUCAAUGAAGCAGGCACGUAAAUCCCGCAAACGGACAGCCAUUAAAGACUUCCUGCUCGCCAACUUCUUCUCCAUUGGCAUCUCUCUGUGCUUUCUCUUUUUCCUGCUCAUCAUCUACAGCUAUGGCGUUCCUAAACCACUGCUCUCCUCUCACUUCCGUUCCACCCGGACCCGUUUUUCCCGAACCCGUAAGCCCGUUUACAGGAAAUCCCCAGCUGGCGAUGCCGUUUCGGGGGCUGUGGUGGAUAUAACCACCAAGGGUCUAUAUGACAAGAUUCAAUUCCUUGAUGAGGAUGGUGGUGCUUGGAAGCAAGGUUGGAAGGUAACUUACAAGGGAAAUGAAUGGGAUUCGGAGAAAUUAAAGAUUUUUGUUGUUCCACAUUCGCAUAAUGACCCAGGUUGGAUUUACACAGUUGAGGAGUAUUAUAAUCGACAGUCCAGGCACAUUCUUGACACCAUUGUUGAAACACUUUCGAAGGAUGCUCGCCGCAAGUUUAUAUGGGAGGAAAUGUCUUAUUUGGAGAGAUGGUGGAGGGAUGCAUCAGCUGCAAAUAAAGAAUCCUUCAUCAAUUUAGUACAGAAUGGACAACUAGAAAUCGUAGGUGGUGGUUGGGUGAUGAAUGAUGAGGCUAAUUCACACUACUUUGCAAUCAUAGAACAGAUAACAGAGGGUAAUUUAUGGCUUAAUGAAACUUGCGGUGUUGUUCCAAAAAAUUCGUGGGUGAUAGAUCCUUUCGGAUACUCUCCAACAAUGGCAUACCUUUUUCGUCGUAUGGGUUUCGAGAAUAUGCUCAUACAGAGGACACAUUAUGAAUUGAAGAAGGAACUGGCUUUGUACAGAAAUUUAGAAUUCGUAUGGCGGCAGAGCUGGGAUGCUGAAGAAACAACUGACAUGUUUGUUCAUAUGAUGCCCUUUUAUUCAUAUGAUAUUCCACAUACUUGCGGGCCUGAGCCUGCAAUAUGCUGUCAAUUUGACUUUGCUAGAACCUAUGGCUUUACGUAUGAGCGCUGCCCUUGGGGAGAAUAUCCACAGGAGACCACACCAGAAAAUGUUAAAGAAAGAGCACUAAAGCUGCUGGAUCAAUACAGAAAGAAAUCAACACUAUAUCGCACAAAUACUCUUCUUAUUCCCCUCGGAGAUGAUUUCCGCUAUGUCACCGUUGAUGAGGCUGAAGCUCAGUUCAGGAAUUAUCAGCUUUUGCUUGAUUAUAUCAAUUCUGAUCCGGACUUGAAUGCAGAAGCAAAAUUCGGUACCUUGGAAGAUUAUUUCCGGACUCUUCGUGAAGAGGCUGAUAGGGUAAAUUACUCCCGUCCAAAUGAGAUUGGGUCUAUUGAGAUUGGUGGGUUUCCUUCUCUUUCAGGCGAUUUCUUCACAUAUGCUGACAGACAGCAAGAUUACUGGAGUGGUUAUUAUGUUUCUCGACCUUUCUUCAAGGCUGUUGAUCGUGUGUUGGAGCAGACCCUCCGCGGUGCUGAAAUGAUGAUGGCUUUCUUAUUAGGUCAUUGUCAGAAACCACAAUGUGAGCGGUUACCUACCGGAUUUGCCUAUAAGUUAGCAGCGGCUAGGAGGAACCUAGCGCUGUUCCAACAUCAUGAUGGGGUUACUGGUACAGCUAAGGACCACGUAGUUAAUGAUUAUGGGGUGAGAAUGCACAUAGCUUUGCAAGAUCUUCAAAUUUUCAUGUCAAAGGCCAUAGAGGUGUUGCUUGGGAUUCGCCACGAAAAGAAUGAACAGAACCCAUCUCAGUUUGAGCCUGCACAAGUGAGAUCUAAAUACGAUGCUCGGCCAGUGCAUAAAGCCAUGGCUGCUCAUGAAGGGACAGUCCAGACUGUGGUGAUAUUCAAUCCACUAGAGCAGACAAGACAUGAGGUUGUGAUGGUAAUUGUUGACAGACCGGAGGUGACAAUCCUGGACUCAAAUUGGACAUGUGUGAGAAGCCAGAUAUCUCCAGAGAUGCAACAACACUACAGCAGCAAGGAGGAUGAAACAUUAUUCUCUGGUAGACAUCGUGUAUACUGGAAAGCUUCGGUCCCCCCGUUAGGGUUGCAAACUUAUUAUGUCGCUAAUGGGUUUGCCGGUUGUGAAAAGGCCAUACCAACAGAGGUCAAAUGGUUUGUGCCUUCUUCCAAUAUUUCUUGCCCCAAACCAUAUACUUGCUCAAGAAUGGAGGGUGAAGAAGCAAUAAUCAGUAAUCGGCAUCAGACGUUGACAUUUAGCAUGAAGGAAGGAUUGUUACAGAGAGUUAGUCAUACCAAUGGCCGCCAUAAUGUUGUUAUUGGGGAGGAAAUAAGUAUGUACUCUAGCACUGAGAGUGGAGCUUACCUAUUCAAACCAAACGGCGAUGCUCAGCCCAUUUUUGUAGCCGGUGGGUCGAUGGUUAUCUCGGCGGGCCACUUGGUGCAGGAAGCUUACUCAUUCCCAAAGACACAAUGGGACAAAGCUCCAAUUUCCCAUAGCACCCGCAUAUAUGAUUAUGGUGGUGGUGACAGUUCUUCGAUACAAGGAAAUGUCAUCGAGAAGGAGUACCAUGUGGAGCUUCUUGGCAGUGAUUUUAACAACAAAGAACUUAUAGCUAGGUACAGAACUGAUAUUGACAACCAAAGGGUUUUCUAUUCUGAUUUAAAUGGGUUCCAAAUGAGCCGUAGAGAGACGUAUGACAAGAUCCCUGUUCAAGGGAACUAUUAUCCAAUGCCAUCUCUUGCUUUUAUGCAGGGAUCGGAUGGUAGACGCUUCUCCGUCCACACCCGGCAGUCCCUAGGUGUGGCAAGCCUUAGAGAUGGAUGGUUAGAGAUAAUGCUGGACCGGCGAUUGGUGAGGGAUGAUGGGCGUGGUCUUGGACAGGGGGUGAUGGACAAUCGGCCAAUGAAUGUUGUGUUCAACAUCCUUGUAGAGUCUUCUUCGAACGCUUCAAUAGCUCCUGCAAUUACUAAUCAUCACCCUCUAAGCCCUUCCCUUUUAUCUCAUCUCAUAAAUUCCCACUUAAACUACCCCCUCAACACAUUUGUAGCCAAGAAAGCACAUGAAAUCUCUGUACAGCCUCCCCCAAGAUCCUUCUCUCCACUGGCAUCCAACCUUCCAUGUGACUUGCACAUCCUAAGUUUCAAGGUUCCUCGCCCUCUAAAAUAUUCCCAGCAGCCCCCACUUGAGGAAGAGCCUAAGUUUGUUCUCGUCUUCCAGCGGCGGCAUUGGGACUCCUCGUAUUGUCGGAAGGGUGGCAGGUCUGAUUGCUCAAGUGUGGCUGAUGUGCCAGUUAACCUAUUUGACAUGUUCAAGGGUCUUACCGUUUCGAAUGCAAAGCCCACAUCUUUGAAUCUGUUGCAUGAAGACACAGAGAUGCUUGGUUAUAAGGGGCAUUUUGCAGAUGGUGCCCGUGAAGGUCAUGUCCUCAUCUCUCCCAUGGAAAUACAGGCUUACAAAUUACACCUACGACCAAAUUAGCCAGAGAGUAAUUUUUGAAAUUUUCUUUGAUCAAAGUGCUUUUCUUCUUAAGGAGGUUCAGAGGUACUCUUCAUGAUAGAGACCAAGGUGUUUGCUGACUGGAGUCCAGGUGGUGAGAAAGUUUCCUCUGGUGGCAAAGACAGACUUUUGAACCUAUGUAUGGGGUUAACAUGUUGUAUUUAUAUGUCACACAAUCUCACCGAUAAAAUUUUGGUCCUGUUGGGCUAGGGUUUGAAUCUAAAGGUCUUAUAGUGUGAGCACAAGCAAAUUAGUCCUUCUAUCUCCUUCCAUAAGAAAAGAGUUCCGUAUUUAUAGUUUUGUGACAUUUUAAUGAAGGUGAUGCCGUGAUGGUGGCAACAACAUGCUGGCUGCAUAACGUGAUUGGUAGCGGUAUUUUUUUUCAUUAGAUAGAUUUAAAACAAGUGUUAUUGAAUGAAGAAAGGUUGCAUGGUUUAGAGUAUUAGUACGCAAUUUAUAUCUAGAAU